AUGCAUAAAAGAAACAACACAGACCUGGCUGACUUCAUCCUUCUGGGAUUUGCAGAUGCUGAGGAAAUUCAGCUGGUGCUCUUUGCGCUGUUUCUGCUAAUCUACCUGGUCACCGUGCUGGGGAAUGCGGGCAUGAUACUGCUCAUCCGCCUGGAUGCCCAGCUGCACACACCCAUGUAUUUCUUCCUCAGUCACCUGUCUUUCAUUGACCUCAGUUACUCAUCCAUCAUCACUCCCAAAACCUUAAAGAAUUUAUUGACCACCAACAAGGAGAUUUCCUAUGCGGGCUGUUUCAUCCAAAUGCACAUUUUUGUCCUCCUGGUUGCGGCUGAAUGCAUUCUUCUCUCCUCCAUGGCCUAUGACCGCUACGUAGCCAUCUGCAAUCCUCUCCACUAUCCAGUCGUCAUGUCCACCAGACGCUGCUGGGCCCUUGUGUUCGGGCCCUAUGUGGUAGGUGUUACAGACUGUUUCGUCACUGUGAUUGGCAUGAGGCUAUUGACCUUCUGCGACUCGAAUGAAAUCCAUCAUUUUUUCUGUGACACAUCCCCAGUGAUUGCCCUCUCUUGUACUGACACCCAGAGCACUGAGACCAUGAUAUUCUUUUUUGCAGGCUGCACCAUUCUGGGGUCCCUAAUCACAAUAUCGGUGUCCUAUGGGUCCAUUCUUUCCGCUAUCCUGAAAAUUAAGUCCACUUCAGGAAAGAGAAAAGCCUUCUCCACCUGUGGCUCCCAUGUCGUGGCCGUCACCAUCUUCUAUAGCACCAUGAUCUUCAGUUACUUAAGACCAAGUACAUCCUACUCCCUGGGAAAGGACCAGGUGGCUUCUGUGUUUUACACGAUCGUGACCCCCAUGCUGAACCCACUCAUUUACAGCCUCCGCAACAAAGAGGUGAAAAAUGCUGUCCUGAGACUCCUGCAGAGGAGAGAGGGCUCCAGGCACUGGAAAUAG